GAAGAAAAACAGGAACAAGACGAAGAAGAAGUAAACCCGCGAUAGGCAAGCGAGAAUCAUGUAACGUUAUUACAUAUUUAUGGCAGAAGAAUUGUACCGAUAUUAGCAAAAAAUAAUUAAAGAGACUAAUACAAAAUACGCAUAAAUAUUAGACAUGAUGCAUGGUUAUACAGAGACGCGCGCGAUGUUGUAACAUUACAAAACAAAUCCAAAGUUGAAAUGUUUCAUUUACACUAGCUAGUUCGCUGUUUCUUAAGUCCAAAAAAAUGGAGGAAAUUGGGAUGGAAUCGGACUCAGCCGAGAUGUCGGGAUCCGCAUCGCAACAAGGUGUUGCUGACGCUUGGGAAACUGUCACUGCAGCUUUGGUGUCUCCCGGCUGCUCGGUGACGGAGCAGAACCUCUCGGACUCGUUGGCCCUGCUGUGUAAUCAGGGUUUGGGCCAGCUGCUGAGCGGCUGGCUGCUGGAGUCUUUGCAGAUGCGUCUGUCCUCGACUGUGGUUCCCGAGUUCUGGUCUGGACUCAAACAGCCGGAGAACGAGCUGGAGGAGAGAGGCAGGGCCUGGGUUCUCCUCACUGCUUUUCGGACUCUGUUAGACCGACUGGAACCUUUCCUGGGUGGUUUGGAGAGGCUGGGGACGUGGCAGGACGAAGGUCGUGGCAGUCUCUGUGGCCCGGGGCCCAGGGGCCUCCAGGAGCGUGCCUUCACCAUCAUCAGGGCCCUCCUUCUCUUCUCCCCCUCCCCCGUUCUCCAGGAGAGAGUGCUGGAGUUCUACAGCAGAACCUUCUCUGUGUACAUGAGCCAGGAGGGCCAGACCGAGGACGGGGCCGAGGCUCCAGACGGCGACGAGCGAGGGGUCUGUCCGGGCUGCGGGGUCCCGACACAGCAGUGCUGGUGUAAGGAGGCCCUGGAGCAGCUGCAGGAGCUCAGCCACAUACUUUCCAAACUCCAGCUGCUGGAGUGGGUCAGCUCCGAGGCCGUCACCUCCAUCCUCCACAAGCUCAUCGAGCAGCGCAUGGAGCAGCACUGCAGGGGCGAGUACGAACGCUCCUUCCUGCUGGAGUUCCAGGAGUGGCUGGAGCUGGUGCUCGGCUGGCUGAGCAAAGUGUUUGCGAGCGAGGCAGACAGAGACGGUGUGGUACCUGCUCCCAGUGCUCCCAGUGUUCCCAGUGUUCCCAGUGCUCCCAGUGUUCCCAGUGCUCCCAGUGUUCCCAGUACUCCAGGUGGUCCCAGCAUUCAUUUUGGGCAGACUGGCAGCAGUUCUGUCCUGAAGCAGUGGAGAUGCCACAUGCACCAGUUCUUCUGCAGGAUCUACGUCAACAUGAGGAUCGAGGAGCUCUUCAGUAUAAUCAGAGAUUUCCCAGAAUCAAAAGCUGCAAUUGAAGAUCUGAAGUUUUGUCUGGAAAGAACCAACCAGAGACAGCAGCUCCUCACUUCAUUAAAGUCUGCUUUCGAGAGCCGUCUGCUGCACCCAGGAGUCCACACAUCAGACAUCCUCACGGUUUAUAUCUCGGCCAUCAAGGCCCUCAGAGAGCUGGACCCAUCCAUGGUCAUCCUGCAGGUCGCCUGCCAACCAAUCCGAAAGUACCUCAGGACUCGGGAGGACACAGUGAGGCAGAUCGUGGCGGGUCUGACCGGAGACGCUGAGGGCUGCACAGACUUGGCGUCCGAGCUGUCCAGAGGAGACCCGGUGACUCUGGAGAUGCAGGACAGCGAUGAAGAAGGCAACGACCCGGAGGACUGGACCCCAGACCCGACGGAUGCCGUCCCUGAUAAGAUGGGCUCAAAACGGCGUUCUUCAGACAUCAUCAGCCUGCUGGUCAGCAUCUACGGCAGUAAAGACAUCUUCAUAGACGAGUACAGAGCCGUGCUGGCCGACAGACUGCUGCACCAGCUCAACUACAACACCGCCAGGGAAAUUCGUAACGUGGAGCUGCUGAAGCUCAGGUUUGGGGAGUCUCACAUGCAUUACUGCGAGGUCAUGCUGAAGGACAUGGCCGACUCUCGAAGGAUCAACAGCAACAUCCGCGAGGAGGAAUCGAGGCUGAGCGAGGAGGAGCAGCCACCACUGUCCCUGUCGUCCAUCAUCCUGUCCUCUGAGUUCUGGCCUCCGCUGAAGGAGGAGAAGCUGGAGCUCCCUCCACUCGUCUGCCAGGCCAUGGAGGCCUACACACACCGCUAUGAGAAACUGAAGGCCAUGAGGACGCUGAGCUGGAAGCCUCACCUGGGCUCAGUCACUCUGGAUCUGGAGCUGGAGGACCGCACCCUCACCAACCUCACUGUCUCCCCCAUCCACGCUGCCAUCAUCCUGCACUUUCAGGAGAAAAGUUCUUGGAUGCUGGAGGAGCUGAGCAUGAAACUUGGCGCUCCAAAGGAGCUGGUGCACAGGAAGCUGGCUCUGUGGCAGCAACACGGCGUUCUGAGGGAGGAGGCGGGAGGCCGCUACUACGUGGUGGAGACAGGCUCGUCCAAAGAGAAGAUGGAGAGAGGCGUGAUGCUCAUCGACAGCGACGAGGAGAGGGACUCCAACACCACCACCCAGUCUGAACAGAGGGAGGAGAAGCUGCAGUUGUUCUGGGCCUACAUCCAGGCCAUGUUGACCAACCUGGACAGUAUGACGCUGGACCGCAUCCACUCUAUGCUCCGGAUGUUUGUUGCCACGGGACCCGUCGUCACGGAGAUGGAUGUCAACGAACUGGAGGCCUUCCUGCAGAGGAAGGUCAGGGAACAUCAGCUGAUGGUCUCUGCAGGCGUCUACAGACUCCCCAAAUCCAACUGAUGGAAGAGGAGCAUGAGAGCAAACAAAGACAAACUGUUCAAGUGUGACGCUGGAUUCAGGUGCUGUUGGAAAUAUAGGAAAAUGAUGCAGCCUUCAGCUUUUGUGAAGGAACACUGCAAAAAUGUCUCUGUCAAUAAAAGACUGUUCUAUAG